AUCCGGCCGGAGGGAGCGCUGGCUGGGUUCCUGUUCCCUGGCGACGGCGCUCAGAGCCGAGGGCGCAGGCCCUGCCCGCGCCGCCCGUGAGGGAGCGCAGAGAAAAAAAUGUACGUUGAUGUGACAGGCUUGGUUUAGAGUCCUGGAGAAUGAAGCCAUCUGUCCACUGAACUGGGAAAACCUGGGCAUUAGAAAUGUGAGCUUACUUUAUAUGCUGCCUUACUGAUUCUCUCUAGAGAAAUGGAUGUGCAUUCAGAAGAUGUAGAGCUCUAAUGUGAAGCCUGCGACAGAGUCAACAAUGGCAUCAGAACUUUGUAAAACGAUCUCUGAGGCAAAGCUGGAAAGGCACAAGAACUUGUUCUUAAAUUACCGAAAUCUGCAUAAUUUUCCUUUGGAAUUAUUGAAAGAUGAGGGUCUGCAGUACCUGGAGAGACUCUAUAUGAAAAGAAACUCCUUGACCACCCUGCCAGAAAACCUUGCACAGAAGCUUCCAAACCUCGUGGAAUUGUACCUUCAUUCAAAUAACAUAGUUGUUGUACCUGAAGCUAUUGGCUCCUUGGUUAAACUGCAGUUUCUGGACCUAAGUGACAACGCUCUUGAAAUUGUGUGCCCUGAGAUUGGCCGCCUCAGGUCUUUACGUCACCUUCGAUUGGCCAACAACCAACUGAAAUACUUACCUGCAGAAGUCGGAGACCUGAGGGAGCUGCAGACCUUGGACAUUUCAGCCAAUCGUUUGAUAGCUUUACCUGAAAGGCUGCAUAUGUGCCUUUCCCUGCAGUACCUCAGUGCUGAUGGGAAUUAUCUAUGGUGUGUUCCCCGCCACCUCUGCCAACUCCCUAGCCUUAACGAGCUGUCCAUGGCUGGAAACUGUCUUGCAUUUCUGCCACUUGAUUUAGGUCGUUCUCGAGAACUGCAAUAUGUUUAUGUGGAUAACAAUAUUCACCUGAAAGGGCUCCCUUCUUAUCUGUACAAUAAAGUCAUUGGUUGCAGUGGCUGUGGCUCCCCUAUUCAGGUUUCAGAGGUGAAGCUGCUCUCCUUUUCAUCGGGACAAUUAACUGUGUUCCUCCCAGCAGAGGUGAAGUCUAUAGGGACACAGACCGAUCACGUGCUGCCUUUGCAAGAGCUAGCCAUGAGGACACUCUAUAACACCUACUACGGGUUUUUAAAAGAUUUCAGCUUCCUGACUCCGAUCUCAUUACCCAAAAGUCUCUUGGAAUUACUGCACUGCCCUCUGGGACACUGUCACCGUUGCAGCCAGCCCAUGUUUACCAUUGUCUACCCGAAGCUCUUUCCCUUGAGGGAGACUCCAAUGGCAGGCCUGCACCAGGGGCGGCGAACUGUUAGUUUUGUGGCAUAUUGCUGCUCCACCCAGUGUCUGCAGAGUUUUGACCUACUGAGUUGAUAAACACUUAAAGCUACUCAGGAGCGUUGCCAGUUGAAAGCUGCAUUAGACUGUGUAUCUUGUUGGUACUGGAAUACUGUAUGUUUGUGUACAUGUGUGCGUACUCCAAAAUAGCAGAAAUGCUCAGUCAGGAACACUGAGAGGCACUUAAAUCCUGCCCUGUCAAUUUUGGAUGAGCUGCAAGAACUUUUUGGAAAUGUAACUAUCAAGCUUUUACAAGUAUUAACACCUUUACUCUCCUCCAAGGCAACGUAUAAAUCGAACUAAUUCAAGGGGCUCAGUCUCCAGUAUUUUUUGUUAGUGUUUUCACAUGUGGAGCUACUUAGGUUGAUAUUUCAUGUCAUUUAAAGGUGUUUUAGUUCUUGAACAGUGUUAAAUGGACACAUAAUUUAAAAAACAUAUCUCCAGUAUGGCAACCCAAUUUUCACUUGUUACUUGUAAUUUUCUCCCACUGCCACCAGGAUUAGGGGUAUACAGGCACGCAAGGACGGCAGCAAUUUAAGGAUCCCACUUACAUUUGCGAGCCAUUUUCUCUUCCCUGCCCCCACUCCCCUCAAUAGUUUCCCCAUCAAAGAGCUGUUACAGCAGUAAAUGGAGCCUUUACAUCUGACUGAUGUGUUCAAAUCCGCCUACUAGAAGCAGUACCUUCCUUCCAGCCUCUGCUGGAGGAGUUGGGGGUGAGCAGGGAGAACUCAGCCUGCUUUUGAAGUGAAGGCCUGCAUGGAGCUGCUCCCUCAGGUUCUGGGAGAUCAGUGUCUUUGUUUGUAACACUGAUUUACUUUUGCAAUAGCUUUCAUCUUGCAUGAAAAAAUCAGAGAGAUACAUACAUAUUUAUCCAUAUUUAUUUUCUGUCUACUGAUGAAAAUCCUGGAGUAGUUUGAGAGGUGAACAGUGAGUCCUGUAAUCUUGCUGAGAGCUGGCCCCUGUACCUCUGGGUUCAAGGGUUGACUGAUUUCCAAAACAGCUUGUCACGUAACUUAACAUUAGAGGAGUAUGAGAAAAACAUACACGCAUUCUCAAAUAUCUUUACAAAAGGUCUGUAACGUGCUUUUUAGCAUGUUUGUGGCAAGUGUAACUCAAAACCCUAUUUAUUACUGUCUUGGUUGGGGGUCAUUUGUUGUUGGAAUAUUUUCAUUACAGCUACAAUACAAAGGGCAGCAGCAGGCCCAAGAUGUCUGUGAUUUAUAUAUUUAAUUUUAAACUAAAAAUAUAGGCCUUUUGGUCUCUUCUGCAAUAUAUUUUUAUUAAUA